ACUUGGUAGAAACAGGACCGCCAUUUACAAUGACGUCACUAGUUUCAAACACCGCUGGGCUGCAGUUAUAGUUGCUGGCUGGUGUUUUCCGUGCUGGCUUUUGGGUGGUGGUGGUGGAAGUGCGAUGCGGCGCAGACCACAGCAGCUGGUCUUCCUCACACUUGUAAGCUUCACUAUCGUCGUCUUCAUCACCCUCGACCACAGGAUCUUUCCCUACAGAUCAGUACGGCCUUCAUCAAUAGAGAUAUGGGAGGCGCGGGUGCUGUGUUUCAUUCCCACGUCUCCAAAGUACCACCUGCUGAGAGCCCAGCAUGUGAAGAACACCUGGGGACAACGCUGCGAUCAACAGGUCUUCCUCAGCAGCAAGGCAGAUAAGGAAGUGGGUGCGGUGCAGCUGAAGGUGAAGGAAGGAUAUAACAACCUGUGGGGGAAGACGAGGGCCUCCUUGAAGUACCUCUACCACAACCACCUCGAUGACGCUGAAUGGUUUUAUAAAGCCGACGAUGAUACCUUCGCGAUCGUGGAAAACCUGAAGCAUAUGCUGAAAUUGUAUGAUCCAGAUUUUCCAAUUUAUUUCGGUGCUAAGCUGAGGGCGAAGGACAACUCCCAGGUGUUCAUGAGUGGAGGUGCUGGGUACGUACUAAGCCGAGCAGCGCUCAAGUUAGUGGUGGAGAAGGGCUUCACUAACUCCACAAUAUGUAAGGCUGAAAACAAAGGCAGAGAAGAUGUCGAGCUUGGAAGAUGCAUGCAGGCAGUGGGUGUAAUGUUUGGCGACUCACGGGACCACCUGGGCAGGGAAAGGUUCCUCUGUCUUACUCCUGAACUGCUCCUUCCAGGUUGGGCCACUGCAAACAAACAUGGCUGGUUCUGGAACAUUGUCUAUUAUCCCAUGAAAGAGGGUCCCAUGUGCUGCUCUGAGAGGGUGGUGUCUUUCCACUACGUCAAGCCGAGCAUGAUGUACGUGUUCUACUAUCUAAUAUACCAGGUGCACCUGUCACACUUCCAAGGCCCCCUUCCGCGCCUACCCCCGGAUACCUCCAGCAUCCCGAAGGAGGUGUUGGAGAAAUACGGGAUGGCGGACAGAACCUCAACACAUGCCACUCAGGAAAACACUACCUGGGAGGAUUACUAAAUGUACUAGUCAGUAAGAAUCUUCUCUCUCUCCUCCGUAGCUGUUUAGUAGAGUAGCUAGUGAUCAUUUUCACUUUACAGAUGGAAAAACAGUUGUUCGUAGCAACUACUAAUAAACUUCAAAGAUGACUAGCAUAUGUGUGUGUGUGUACAGGGGGAAAAUUUUACCCUGACGAGAAGUUAAUGUUAUGAGAGAGUGAUGGGUGAUGCUCACAGAACUGGGUGGCACACUUUACAAGCGAGCAGUGUAGUCGAGCUGGUAUUAUAUUCAAGGAAGUGUGGGAUGAUAUGAAAAAUGGAUGACUAAGAUUUUUUGGUAAUAAAUCGUUUCAGUACUAACAAACCUUUAACAAAUUAUCUGUGUGUGAGUGAGUGAGUCUGCCAUAAUUGUUAUUUAUACGGGAAUGCCACUUUAUUGAUGGGAGGAGUGAGAAAGAUUCAUUCACCAUCGCUAGUGUGACUGAAACAGUGUACUCUAUUGUAAGGAAGGACAGACAUUAGUUCCUUGACUUUUGUUAAGAAUAAAAGGUUUCGAGAGA